UUUGAGAUAGAAUCAUAGAAAUCGUUCUCGUGCUUGUUCUCUGACAUUUUGCAAAGUAUUUAUCAAGUACUGCACUAUACAAACAUUUAACAAAAAGAUGCUACUUAUAAAAUUACUACUAUCAUAUAUCAUGGGUAUUCUGUUCCAAAUAGUAAUACUCAGUGGAGAGUGGUCUGAAAUUUAUGGGAAUUUCUUAAGGUAUGUUAAUAACUUUAGAAUCUAUUCAGAUAGUAAGAAUUUAAGCCCUGUAAAAAAUGUUGAUCCGUGUUUAUAUUUCCAUGUUUUUCCCGUGAAUGUAUGGAAAUUUUCAUCCCUCUAACGGAUAUCCGUGGAUGUAUCAUUUUCACGGAAUUUUUAUGAAAGCCACGGAGAAAUAAUGGAAAUAUUCGGAUAAAAAUUU